CGAUACGUGAGAAACUUACACGCAAGCUUAUACCACUGCCACAACACCCAAAACCUAACGGUCCUCGCGUUGAACCCAAUCAAUUCCCAUUUACGCUUUCUACCCUUUUCGUUGAUCUCGUCCUUCAAGUGCUCGACUUGGCACAAUUCUCGCGGAAGUCGGUAUUGGGGGACGAGGGGAAGUUUAGUUCGCAUUGAAUGAUUGAUCGAUUGGUUUAUUUUUGGUGUUCGAUUUUUGGUUGAUGAGAUUUUGAUUUGCUUUCUUCUUGGGGGUUUAGUGUGAAUGAGAUUGGUGGCGCAGCGAAAUGAGCACGCUGAGGCAGCAGGUGUCGGUUCGGGAACUCGUCGACGAAGCGAAGAAGCGGAUUGUGGUUCUGGUCAUAUGCGUCGUUGGAUUGUCGUACCUCAUGUCCUUGACAAGCUCCUCAGUUUGGGUCAACUUGCCUGCUGCUGCCUCCUUAAUUAUCGGCCUGCGUUAUAUAUCUUUAGAUUUUGACAUGCGGAGAAAAGCUGCAGCAUACAACAGCAACACAUCCUCAGCAAAUACUUUAUCUCAAAAGAUACCCAUUGAACAACCUAAAAUUGUUCAUAAGUCAGACUGGAGAAGCAAAGUGAAUUCUCCUGUUGUUGAGGAUGCAAUAAUGGACUUUACGAGGCAUCUGGUUUCUGAGUGGGUUACAGAUCUCUGGUACUCUAAGUUAACACCUGAUAGAGAAGGCCCGGAAGAACUGUUGAACAUCAUGAAUGGCGUUAUUGGGGAAAUUUCUAUGCGCAUGAAGAAUAUAAAUUUAAUUGAUCUACUGACAAGGGAUCUUAUUAAUCUUGUUUGCAUUCACUUGGAGCUUUUUCGUGCAAAUCAAGCAAAGAUUGAAAAGCAACAUUCAGGUUCACUGACAAAUGAACAUCGAGAUAUGGAACUAAGACGCAUCCUUGCUAACGAGAACAAAUUGCACCCUGCUCUAUUUUCGCCUGAAGCUGAGCACAAGGUUUUGCAGCAUCUGAUGGAUGGUCUUAUUUCUUUCACAUUCAAGCCUGAAGAUGUGCAGUGCCUUUUCUUCCGUUACAUGGCUAGGGAGCUUCUAGCUGGUGCAGUAAUGCGACCAGUGCUAAAUCUAGCUAGUCCGAGGUUUGUUAAUGAAAGAAUUGAAGUCUUAGUCCUUAACAUGACCAAAGCGAAAAAAGGGGCCUUGACAGUAGAAGGGGCAUCUCAGUCCAGAUCAGACGAGUCUUCAAGGAUUUCAUCGGAUCAUUUUUCUAAGUUCUUGGAUCCUACUGCUACUGGUGUUGAACUAGUGCAGUUAAAAAAUGAUCAGUCUAGAACUGCUGCAAAUACUUCUGCAACAGAUAAUGCAAAUGGAAAUAAAGAUCCACUGCUUUCCCUUGAUCCUCGAUCAAUCCGUUCAUUGAACUCAUUGCCUUUCAACUUCCAAACAAGUGAUGAAAAAGGUAUUCAACGAAAUGUCUCAGGAGGGGAAUGGGGUGACAUGUUAGAUCAGAUUUCCCGCAGAAAGACUCAAGCCCUUGCUCCUGAACAUUUUGAGAACAUGUGGACAAAAGGUAGGGAUUAUAGAAAGAAGGUAGGUGAAAAUCGGGUAAUUGGACAAGUACCACAGGGUUCUUCAGCAGGGAAGUCCGUUAAAGUGGAUCACUCAAAGGAAAUAUCCAAGACCAAAGAAAAGAACACUGUAGCCAAGGGUAAUCACUCUGAGAGUAGCACUGUUCACUCUGGAUAUACUGAUCGGCUUCCCAUAGUAAACUCAUUCCUCCCUACAGAUCGGAACAUAUCAAGUCGCACUUCAUUUAUUUCAUAUGAAGAUGAUGAACAAAACAACCUUAUGCGUUUGGAGGAGGUUGACUCAGGGAGCAGUACUUCUUAUACAUCUGAAGAUGAAGAAACUGGCAAUGUGACAGGCCUUGAUUCUCCUGGAACUAAAGUAUGGGAUGGUAGAAGUAUCAGAAAUCUGGCUAUUUCUCACAUUCAUCACCCACUUGAAAAUUCAGAAGGCCUUGUAGGAAAGAAGACUGGUAAAGGGCAUAUUCACUAUCAAAGAUUAGCUAGAACCCAGGCUGGCUGUAAAAGGUCUAGACGAAGCAGUCAGAAGACCCAUGUUUGGCAGGAGGUUGAGAGAACAAGUUUCUUGUCUGGCGAUGGGCUGGAUAUACUUAGUUCCGCAAAAGGAUAUGCCAAUGGCGAGGACUCUAGUGAUGAUUAUGAGAUUGAAAAUUCAGGUAGAGUUCAAAGUGGAGCAGCUGCUUCUUCAUCCGCACCUUCUUUUUCUGUACCAGAAAGUCAUAGUUUGACUGUUAAUUCCCUGCACAACACACUGUCAGGGGCUUCAUUUUUUAAGUUGAGAUGUGAGGUAUUGGGUGCGAAUAUUGUGAGAAGUGGCUCAAAAACAUUUGCUGUUUAUUCUAUAUCUGUUGCAGAUGUAGAUAAUAACAGUUGGUCGAUCAAAAGAAGGUUUCGUCACUUUGAGGAGCUCCAUCGGCGUCUAAAAGAGUUUCAGGAAUAUAAUCUUCAUUUGCCACCAAAGCAUUUUCUAUCGACAGGUUUAGAUGUACCUGUCAUUCAAGAAAGGUGUAAAUUGCUUGACAAAUAUUUAAAGAAACUCAUGCAGCUUCCAACAAUUUCAAGAUCAAUUGAAGUUUGGGACUUUCUCAGUGUUGACUCUCAGACUUAUCUGUUCUCGAAUUCCUUUUCUAUCAUUGAAACUUUGUCAGUUGAUCUAGAGGAUAAGCCAUCAGAAAAGAGUAAAAAGCUUCCAAAUUUACUUGGACCUGUUACCAACAACGUAUCUUCAAGGAGAGAACAUUUAGGCUCCGAAAGUAAGGAGCCUGCAUUCCAUGCGAAGAGUAAUGUUAUGGCAGAUGGGCUACGAUCAAAUGGAAAAGAUGCUAGGCUGCAAAACUAUGCAGCUUCACCCACUUACUUGGGGAACCCGGUAACAGGAAGAGAUGACAAUGCUUUGGAAGAGGCAUCCGAGUCGCUUCUUGAUGCUGCUACUGACCCAACCCUUCCUACAGAGUGGGUGCCGCCAAAUUUAAGUGUCCCCAUAUUAGAUUUGGUAGAUGUCAUCUUCCAGCUUCAAGAUGGCGGAUGGAUCAGGCGGAAGGCUUUUUGGGUGGCCAAACAGAUACUACAACUAGGAAUGGGUGAUGCCUUUGAUGAUUGGUUAAUUGAAAAAAUCCAGCUUUUGCGUAAGGGAUCAGUUAUUGCUUUAGGGAUCAGGCGGGUUGAGCAGAUACUCUGGCCUGAUGGGAUAUUCAUAACUAAGCAUCCAAAGCGACGACCACCACCAUCUACUAAUCAAUCCCAGAAUUCACCUCAUGGCCAACAACCGACAGGAAUAUCUUCACCUAAACUUACUUAUGAGCAACAACAGGAGGCAGUUCGACGUGCAAAGUUUGUAUAUGAGCUAAUGAUUGAUAACGCGCCAGCUGCUAUCGUAGGUCUUGUUGGUCGUAAGGAGUAUGAACAGUGUGCAAAGGAUCUCUAUUUCUUUAUUCAGUCAUCCGUUUGUUUGAAGCAGCUUGCUUUUGACCUUCUCGAGUUGCUGCUGUUGUCUGCGUUUCCAGAGCUAGAUUAUGUUUUCAAACAGUUGCAAGAAGAAAAGCAUAAGUUUGGUGAAUUUAAGGAAAAUUAAUGGAAAUUAAACUACAGAUAUUGCUUGAUAACUGGUGCAUUUUUUUCCCAAAUUUGAUGGCAUCUAUUGUUGGCUAAUCAUCGAUUCAUUCAUAUGUCCGAAUCCUGUAAUUAGCAUUUUGGUUUGGCAUCUGAGAAAAUUCCGAAAUUGUAUGUAAACAACGAUGAGAUUAGUGCAAAUAUAUCUUUUAUAAAGCUUUCCUCCUA